AUGUCCGUUUCAGAGCAGUAUCUCCAGAGUCCAUUGCAAAUGGAGCACUCCUGCGAAUUGUUGCUGACCUCGGAGCUAUUUACAUUUCACUCGGAACGCAUGUCCGAGAUCUUGAUAGAAGACACUCGUCAGGCGACCGAUCCGCAUGUUCAGUUCAUCUUGUAUAGCGUCCUCUUGAAUCACGGACGACGGAGUGCAAACUUCCUCCGGUCCCAGAAGCGCUGGCAACCCAUCCUCCCGCUGCUCAUGGACAAUAUUACGGUGGAUGUGGAUCCAGACGUGGAGGACACGUAUUUCGGAUCGACUUCUGGGACAAGCUCGGGCGUGCAGAGGUCGAUGGCGGUCCCGAUUGAGGCGAAGCUAAGGUCGCUGUCCGUUCGUCUGUUGUAUGAUGUGUGCAGGGUGCAGAAGUUGUCGAUCGAAGAUUUGGAAAUCUUCUCGGACAUCUUCAUCGACUAUCUGUUCGACUUGGUCGAGCAGACAAGACAUAUGCAGGACGAGUCAUUCAACUAUUCAGUCAUCAAGUUGCUUGUAGCCUUAAAUGAACAAUUCAUGGUGGCCUCUCUACAUCCUCAUGCUCCACGAAACGAUGUCAAACCGCAUCCAGCACAUGCGGGGCAUGCGGGACAUAAGACCCCCGAGAAGAUUGAAGGGCAGAAUCGCAUACUGCGGGUGCUGAAGACACGCAUAGGAUCGAGCAUGACGUUUGGGGAGAACAUGAUAUUUAUGUUGAAUCGCGCAGAUAGGACUGCGGAAGAUCUAUGCAUGCAACUGCUCGUCUUGAAACUACUGUAUCUUCUAUUCACCUCUAAGGGAAUGGCUGAAUAUUUCUAUACCAAUGACCUGUGCGUCUUGGUCGAUGUCGUUUUGCGCGAAAUAGGCAACAUCGACGAAGAUAACGAAUCGUUACGACAUACCUACCUGCGUGUUUUACAUCCACUGCUGACCAAAACACAGCUACGCUCGAUGCCCUACAAGCGUGCUCAAGUUGUGCGGACACUUGAGCUGCUCGUUGAAAACGAGAGCAUACGUGAUGUUGAUCCCACCACUAAGCGACUGGUUGCGCGCUGCCUUUCCGGUGACUGGUGUGUACAAUUCCGCAAGACCCUGGAUGUACCCAAUCGUGUCGAUAGUCCGGGUUUGUCUGGUGUCACCUCUCCGCAUAGCGUAAGCUCUGUCACGGCGAUGCAGAUAGACAGGCUCAGGUCGGGUUCUAUUCGAGGAAAAAAUUACAAGGCCAGUCGCAGCGUGGAGAAUCUUGCGAGCAGUGCAAAUAUUGGCAGGGCGCGCGGACCCGGGCAAACUCGCAAUGCCGAAGUACCUAGACAGCCCAGCGCCGAUAGCGCGGGUAGUCUUCCCAAACUUGCAACAGCAAGUUCACCCACAAAUGCACCUCGACGACGGGACCGUGCAGGCUCAAUGGAUGGCGAUGGAAUGACCAGUAAUUUUGCGUCGCUGUCGCUGCAUGAUCGAAAACACGUCGUCAUACCAGACACGGUGCCCCUCACGGCAGAGCCGAUUAGGAGCCCCCCUCUCUCUAACAUCCGAGUCGAUGCUCCGAUGUCCCCUACCGAUCCACCAGAUUCGCCGAUGUCCCUCAUAUCCUCGUCGUCUUCAUCUACCCUCGGUUCAAAACCACGGAGGUCAGCGCCGGCACCUCCGACCAAACGACGAAAACCGCCUGCGGUGCCCGCCGGUCGGGUUCCCAUGUCGCCGAUGUCUGCUGCUGCCUCCCAGCCCUCCUUGACUUCGUUUUUGCCCGCGAGGCGCUAG